AGGACGGCUUGGACCCUUUCACCAAACAGAAGUUGCUGUUGGACGCCAAGAACUUGAAUCUGAAGCCAGUGCUGGGUGCUUUAGGUUCUCCCUUAGUUGACAGCAAGCGCGAUGAGUUCGUGGCUGAAGAGGUGAAGAAGGUGGAGCCGAUCGUGCAGCGGCGCCUCUUUCACCGAAGCCAUCGAAGCUAUCACAUCACGCUCGAGUUUGCCACCUCCUUCGAGACGCAGUUAUUGGAGCUCUGGCGCGAAGCUGCAGAGGAACUCUUGGUGAAGUUGUGUCUGGAACCCAUUCAUCAGAACUUCAAGAAGAUGCGACAAGAGAUGGAGGA